AUGCGUGUACUGGUGUGCAUUGUAGCCCUGGUGGCCGUCGGACUCGCGUCCAAGGACCCGAUCCGCGCCGAUCGUCUCGCCGACACCUGCGAUGACUGCCAGACCCUGGUCUCCCGCUUCGUGUCCGCCUCGAAGUCGCCGGAGCGCCGUGCUCGACUCCAAGCCGGUCUCACCGCCGCCUGCGCCUUUGCCCCGCGCUACAAGACUGAGUGCCGCAUCCUCGUCAAGAACAUUGAGCGCGUCGUCACCAAGAUCGAGCCGUACAUGAAGAACCACCGGUCCAUCUGCCGCAGCCUGCACCUGUGCGACAGCAACUCGGAGAUUUCCGCCUUCGCCAAGCUGUUCAUGCUGGCCGCCAAGCAGCAGCUCGACCUUGUCGAGGCCGCCGAGAAGAACACGCUGUGCGCUGAGUGCCAAAAGGCGUCGAAGGGCGUCUCGCAGAUGAUCACCACCGGCCGCUACGCCAAGAGGGCCCUCACGCUCACCCAGAAUCUGCUCUGCGCCAACGUUGGACCCCGACGCGAGCUCUGCGAGUCGACGAGCGCCGAGCUGAUCCCAGCCUUCUUCAACGACGCCGAGGAUCUGUUCGCCGACAGCAACAAGGCUUGCCAAUCGAUGGGACUCUGCCCGGCCGAAUCGACCGCCGUCCGCCGCACCAGCGAGGCCGAAAUUGGCGCCGUGCUGCGCAACUUCUGGGCCAACGGACCCAAGACCCAGCAGGGAGACCAGAUGGAUUGCUUCCUGUGCGAGGUGGAGAAGGACAUCGAGAUCGACGGGUUCGGCAAGGCCAACUGCACCAUCGCCCACCAGAUCCGCGACAUCGCUUGCCCCAUCCUGCCCAAGGACUAUCUCCUCGGUUGCCACGAUUUCCUGGAUCUGUACGCGCCGACGGUGGUGGUGAUGACCGUCGACCAGAUGGACGCCCACGAUAUGUGCUGCAGCGAUGGACGGUGCCCCAACACUACCGUCUCCCUGACCGCCGAUAUGUCGCACGAGCAGAAGAUGAGCCAGACUUGCGAGAUGUGCCGCACCACCAGCACCUUCGCCCGCGACGCCAUGCUCGCCGAUGGGCAGCUCGUUGAGAACGUCGUCGCCGGCGUCGAGAACUUGGUCUGCCAGCACGCCCCUGAAUUCUUCCAGGAGAUGUGCGGCCGCAUGGCGGAGAAGUUCGUGCCGCGCGUGCUCGCCUCGGCCCUCCAGCUCUUCUCCGAUCCCAAGGGAUGCGAGAAGCGUGGCCUGUGC